AUGGACGACGACGAGGAGGAGCAAAUCGAAAUGUGCACGAUGGUACGUUAUACGGAGGAGCCGCGCUUCUUUUUCUUAUCAUUCCGUUCAUUUAUGAUCAAUUGGGUGGUGCUAUCGAACUGAUCGUGAGAGGAACGGGCACUUCAGAUCUUUGUCCCUUGAUUUCAGUGUUGAAAGAUGCAGAAUCAAGAUUCUCUCCGUCUGACCCCAAUCACGUCUUGUCUUCAAGGAUUUUCCUUCCUUUCUCUCUCUCUCUCUCUUCCUGCGCUUCUUUCCCGCACCUCCCCCCUCGGUACUCUCCUCAUUUUCCUUGAAGAAGGCCUCCCUCCUCCGACAGUUCAUGCAAACACAAAACUACGGCGGCGGUCAUGCAUAUGCGCAGAGAGUGUCGGAUCCUGAGAGACGCAGUCGUUCGGUGCGAGUCGAAAAUCGUUCGUCCCAAACAAAAAGUGUGAUGAGAGGCGAGGAAAAGAGCGAGUAUUAUUCGUUUCAGUGCACCGCCCUCUUUUUAUUUUUGCUCCUUCUGACUUGUUUUCGCUAUCCUGUACUGUGUGCCUUCCCUCUCUCUCUCUCUCUCUCUCUCUCUCUCUCUCUCUCUCGCAAUCUGUAGUAUUCUUCGCUGUAUUUGAGUUCCGUCCCACUUUCCGUUCCAUUUCUAUUCAUCUCCUUUCGUCUUCGUUCGUCAAGUACAAGCGACUACGGUGGCUCCUCCGACGUACUCGUUAUCACCGAAUGAAUCAGCUGUGUUUCUUCGUCGUUAUCGUCGCGUCGCGGAGCCGCCUUGUUCAGAAUUACGACAGUUUUUCAUUAAAAUGCCUUUUGUUUAUCAAAAAAUGAGUCAUUCGCCCCAAUCGUUUGAGAGUUCUGCCGGGGGGCUUCGAUUGAAAGUUGGUGUCGAUCAUUCGCGAAUCCACACUGGUCUCCCGAUGGUUUCCGUGAUUUGUUCUCUCCUUUUUUGAUUCCCACAGUUCAUGCCCUUCUUUUUGAAAGGUUUUGGCAUACUUUCAUGUUUUCAAACAGUUUGGAGGUUACGAAGAACCGAAAUAUUUGCCGUCUCCGAGGGUAUCUAGAUCUUGAAAAGGACAAUAUUCAAGGAACGCGUACCAUAUUUCAAUGAGAAUUUGGAACGGUCUGUUCAUCCGCGGAGGUCCACUCUUAUCACGGUCGGUGUUUUCCUCUGAAGAGUUACAAUUCCGCCUUGAAUAAACAUUUUCUUUCUCUCCCUCUCCCUCCCUCUCUCUCCCUCUCUUCUUUUCCUUCCAAACAUGUACGCUCACAGUCUCUUCCUUUGUAAUAUCGGUCCUCCGAUUUACUUCAAAAUUUGAGCAAAAAUGCACUAUGAACCGUAUUCGAGUCGACAGGUAAAUGAACUCUUCGACAACCUUUUCGCUAUCGACGGCGAUUUGAUUUGCCUCCUCGCCGAAAAUAUAUAAUCCGAUCAACUUUUUAUUGGCACUUACUGACUGCCUCGUGCGGCUGAUCAUUCGCCCGUUUUCGAGGUCUCACUUCCCCCUUGUAACCAUGACAAUUUCUCGAACUUACUCGAAACUCGGCUGAGAAAUGUGACGAAAACAAAGCAGUGAUUACGUCUCCGCGACCGACUCACCACACUCUCGCUCAUUCCAACGUCUUCAUUAUUUCAGAGAAUGCUGCCCGACGCAGACAACUACGACGAAGAGAAGGAUCACCCGCAGUUCGCGUCUCGCAGCGGCACCUCUAGGUUCGCAUUCUCACGCUCAAACAUAAACAAACAAUGCGAAUUUCAGCCUACAAUCUUCGAUUUCGAAACGCGCGAACUCGACGAGACGGAGCCUGAAAGAGCUCAGCGAAGGAGUCCAGCAGCGGUUUCAGCCGAUCACCCACGGAAGAUCUCUGCAGAGGAUUAGCGAGGAUGAAUCGGUAGGUGCGAGAGAAUGAACGUUCAUUACUCGGUGGUUCUCUGGCGGUGAAACGUGUGGAUUUGCAUAUUCGUAGUGUCCGUAGUGUCCCGAAAACACACACCAGCUGCGCGUGUGUGUCCAAUCAAAGUUGACUGAAUGCGAAAAAGUAGUUGGUCAGGUUUCCCUGCCUCCCUUGCCUCCGUGUCCAGAUUAUGAUUAACACCUGAAUCUGUGCAAUUUCAGCCGUCGCCUCCCACGGCUCCACCUCGUCCCAACCGCCAGCUCUACCGCAGUUCGGUUGACAGACUCAGCAUGAGCGACGGAGCGCUCAAACAGCAGACAUCGGAGGAAGUCGUGUCGGAAGGACAGCGAUCCAACUGGAAUCAGUCGGUCGAACGCAUCGAGAACGCGCUCCAUCGCAACUACUACACGAUUGCCUACACGAUUGUUAUUGUGGCGGUGAGAAGAGAAUCAUCUGCUCGCCGGCUGUGCGUGACUCUUUCUGUUUUUCCAGUACCUCGCCGGCUUCGCAGAAUACUUGUACUUCCGCCUGACGUCGUUGAUCGUGCCCGAACAUCUUGUUUUCCAUCCGCCAUGUGAGGGUAAAGCCCUUCGGAAAAUCGGAAAAGACGGAUUCCACUACGGAGUGUCGAUCUGCGCGUUCAUCGGAGUCGCCAUCUUCCAACUGAUGUGCUUCUUCGGUUUGACAAUAUCGGAGAAAUGGACAGAGUCGAAGGAGAACCCACGAGAAAGUCGGCAAGCUGCUCAGAGGGAAGAGUUUGCUCUGUUUGUCAGAACGAUGAUAUCCUCCACAAUGUAUCGUGUUUACUGUGAGUCUUCAUGUUUUCAUGUCUGUUAUUAUGUUUCUGUUUCAGUGUGCUACGCGAUUUGCUCUCUGAUCAACUGCGCCAUUAUAUUCUACAUGGUCGGCAUCCAAGAUUCCCUCGGCGACGUCGUCAGCACCAUCCUGCUUUAUGUGUUCGAUGCGGUCGUCAUUCUUUAUUUCAUCGCCUUCCCACUCACUACAGUCUUCUAUCACCCUUAUGUGAACUGCUUCAGAAAAAGGUAUUCAGAAGAUAUCAUGGUCCCUCUAUUCAAUUAUCGUUUUCAGAAGAGGAACUCCUGCGAGGUUCACACUGCCGGCUCCCGCUCCUCAAACGCAGACUUCCACUCUUGAAAGCAACAUCAGUGGACUGGAGGAGGCGAUGACGAAGGCCGGCGGAACUCCGCCAGUUCAUCAGAAUCCCAGCACCAUCUCCAUCCCUUCGCUCAACUUUUCCCGUCAAGAUCCUCUCCGUCAGGGACACCGUUCCACGCCUUCGAUGUCUCAGAUCUCGGCGGAUAUUCCGGUUCUCGAGGAGUACCUCCACUCGCCACGCAGGCAAUUACCACAACCAAAACCGGCGUUCGCCGUAGAGGAGAAUCUGGAAGACGAGAGAAUCACCACAUUCGUCUAG